AUGGAAAAUGAAGAUAGUACCGAUUCGUUAGAGUUGAAAAUAACAGACGAUCAGUUUAGAUCCAUUACUUACUCACAUGAACCCCUAACGGCACUAAAGAUCGUAGCUGGGCCUGGAUGCGGUAAGACUCACACAUUAAUUGCUCGCAUAGUCCACCUGUUGAACAGUGAGGUGGAUCCAUGCCAAAUUCUUGUCCUAUCGCUCACCAAUAGGGCAGUUUUGUCUCUAAGGUCACGAUUGAUUGAUUUAGUGGGCACUGAGCUAGCACAGCAGGUAAAUAUACAGACAUUUCAUUCCUUUGCUAUGAAUGUGCUAAAUGAUCUGAUACCCAAUCAGUACGAGUUGCUGGGAUUUGGAGGAACACAGAUGAUAAGCAAAUUGGUCAAUGUUCCAUUUUUAAAGAGAAAAGAUCAGAUCACAAAGCUUUUAGAGCAGCAAAUGAUCAACAGGAUGUCUAGUUCCCAGAAAACCUCCUCCACUUCCUCCUCCAACUUGAAAGUACAACAGUUAGUUAAGUUCUUACACAACACUAAUGUGUUAACUUCAUCAUCUAUCAUAAGUCAAUGUACAUUACUAUUACGUGAAAACUCUCAAAAACUCAAUCAUCGGGUGUUAAUAGUCGAUGAAUUUCAGGAUAUGUACCCUGAAUUAGUUCAAUUGGUGGCCGUUUUAGCUUCUGAUUGUCAUCUCACAGUUGCCGGUGAUCCAGAUCAGAGUAUUUAUUCGUUUUUAGGAUCAACACCUUAUGUGCUGAACGGGCUAGACAAAAUAUUACCACACAACUAUAGUAAGAUUGAAACCAUUAAUUUGACUGCCACUUUCAGAAUGUCUCUUCCCAUAAUCGAAUCAUCACAGCUAUUCUCCAUGUUCAAAAAACCGCUUACACCUGUAGAGUCUCCUGCUCCGAAUUAUCUGCCUAAACCUACAAAGAAAUAUUUUACAGACAUUGCUCAGGAAGUUGAUUUCAUUUUGGAAGAAAUAUCUCGGUUAGUCCAUCAGUGCGGAGGAGUUUUGAAACCUUCCGAUUUUGCUAUCCUUUCUUUCAAAAAUGAUGAUAUAAAUUAUGCCCAAAGUGUAUUUGAGAAGCAAGGUAUCAAGACCCAGAAACUGGGGUCUUCUCCUGAAUGGACUAACAAUGAGCUUUACCAUUUUAUCAAUUUUCUCAGAGUAAUCAAUGAUCCUGGCGCAGAUUACCCCUUGAUUUCCUGCCUAUCUAUCAUUCCAGGUGUGGGCCAUGUAUCUCUGAGCUCCUUAGUCCUCAAAGCAAUGUCUUCAGGUUCGCCAAUAUUUCAUCUCCUAAAAGGAGUCAGACCAGUGAUUGACAGCUUUGUUGAGGAUUUGAACACUGUUAGAGAUCGAUUUUUUCAAUAUUUUGAUGACCCGGACGAAAUUUUCAAGAUAACCUUAGAGUUUGCAUCUAAGUACGGUCUUCUUCAGGCUAUCAAAUCCAACCCCAAUUGGUCACAAAAACCUGACAGCUUUUAUUUUAAACAACUUGAAAGUAUAAGGGUUGGCUUUCAUAUGGCAAGUAAACUCCGGUCACCGAAUGAAACACUGGUACAGUAUUUCAUCGCCCAUUUUGCUGAUGAAAUUGUGCAACCCACAGAAGAUGCUAUCAAUUUCAGUACAAUACAUGGGGCGAAAGGAUUAGAGUUCCCCGUCGUAUUUCUGCUGGGUGCAACUCAGGUUUCCACGUUCAGAUCUGAAGAAACCAAGAGACUGAUCUAUGUCGCACUCACGCGAGCAAAGCAGCUGUUAUACUGGAAUAAAUACCUAUACCAUGAAGAUGCGUCUGAAGAAUAUAAAUUUCAGAAUGUAUUUACAGAUUCAAUUCCAUCGUGUUCCUAUGAAUAUGUCAAGUACCUUUCAAAAAUCACUCGUCGUACUCCUCCCAGCCUCAACGAUUAUCAUCAGGGGAUAAUGACCUGGAAAACCACCAAAAAGAAACCACAACUAUUGCUAGAGACGCCUUCCAAAUCAAAAGGACAAAAUGGCGAAACACAUCCAAUUUUAUACCCGAAUAGUGUUGCUUUACCUUUUAUGAAACUCGGAACUAGAUGUUACCAUAGUGCAGUCUCUGGACUUUUACGCCGAGUCAUUAAAUAG